AUGGGAAUCUUGUCGUAUACCAACGUCAUUCCGAAAGACCUCAUGGCGCUCUUCACUCGGACCGAGUCAUUAAAGAUCCUGAGACAGCUAGAGAUGGGUUCGCGGUAUUUCGACAUCCGACCGCUCAUCUCAGGUGGCGUAUACUGGACUGGGCACUACUCGGAGAAGCUUGGAGCUCGAGAACUCAUGCUUCUCAAGCACCGAUUCGUUGUCACCGAACCAGAGGCGGACAAUCUCAGUCUUCUCCAUCUUUCGCGAUUCAUUGGCUCUGGGACGGCCGCCGUGUUGAUCGUGGUUGAAGCUCCAAGCCAUAUCACUCUGGGCAAUUACGGAGACAAGGGAUUCUAUCUACCUUCACAGCUCAAUGUUUACAACGAGCAUUCCAACACCAAUGACUGCGUGGGGAUGGUUCAAGACCAAGUGCAAAAGAUGCAGAAGUUCAUGCGCACGAGCGACAAGCGCUUGUUUUUGAUAUCCUGGACCCUGACCCAACAGCCACCCGAAUUCACACACGAGGAUUUCUUGCCUCCGAAUACGCUGAAGGGGUUCGAUAAGCUCAACGAUUGGCAACAACGCAACAAGACCAUCCGGCAGCUGGCAUACUCGGCCAAUAAGGCAUUAUGGAAGGAUCUGCUGCCGAACACAAGUCACGUCGCUUUCCCAAAUAUCAUGUACAUUGACUUCAUGGAGAGCAGAAACUUCGUUGCGUUGGCGAUGGCAAUCAACGACAAGCUUUUGGGGGACACAGUAUGA